AUGUCGAACGAUCCUCAUUCCGACCAAGCACCCUGGGUAACCAAAAUCCACAUUGUCCCAAGGGUAUCAGAAGAAGAUGCUAAAAACGUAUGGUGGUCCAAAAAGAGGUUCAAGAAGAACAAGCAGAUUGUUGCAGACGAGAGACGCCGGGAAGAGGAGUCCGCUCGUGCUGCCAUUGCAGCACCACCAGCGGCAGCUGAAACGGCAGCAACAUGGACAGCAACAGCCACUGGAGUAGCCAACGAAGCUGUAGUGCCACAAAUGGCGGUAGUAUCGGCCCAAGGAGCUGCUGGUGCCACUGCGGCUGCCACCCGUGUUAUUGAUCCUCCCACCACCAACAAAACUCCACCGUCCACCGAAGCUCCAUCGUCCAACGAGCAGGAUGAAGUUGACGCCGUCCGAAACGGUUCGAGUCUGGCCAAUACAAGUCGAAACGAGGAGUCCGCUCGUGCUGCAAUGGCAGCACCACCAGCGACAGCUGAAAUGGCAGCGACACGGACAGCAACAGCAACAGCCACGGGAGUAGCCAAAGCAGCCGUAGUGGCACAAAUGGCGGUAGUACAUCAAUCCGACGCCCAAGAAGCCAUGGGCCCCCCUCCUUCCCAGCCUCCGGCUGCUUCUGUUCCCAAGCUGAAGACGGCACAAGCUGCUCCCAAGCAGAAUUCCGCUGCUGCGGCAACAACGACAAAAUUGGCAGCCACGGCUGCCCAGCCGGACGUUUCCCAGCCGAGUGCCCCUCCUCCUUCCAAGUUGAAGAAGGCUCCUGCAGGUCUCGCCUUGUCGGGGGAAGCGGUUGAAAUGAUCCGAGACACCAUCCAAAACGGUUCGCGUUCGGCUGAGACCAGUCGGAAGGAGCGGAUUCCUGCCUUGAUGUCCACAAGGCGGUACAACCUCCGGAAACAUGUCCUUGCGGCCAAGCAGAGUCGUCUGACACUUCAGGCCCAAGCCAAUGCCGCCGGUCGCAAGCGUGCCCAUGGAUCCACUCCUUCGAUUUCUUCCAAGCGCCCGCGCACCAACAAGAGCAGAAAGACGUUGGUCCAAGAGAAAGCGCAAGUCAAUAUUGUGGGCAAACACAAGCCAAUCUUGGGCGAGAUUCCAAGGAUUGUCCGAGAAGAUUUGGGCUCGAACAACCCUGUGGUGACUCUUGGUGGCUUGUCGCACUUGGUGGCCGUCACUACUCGGAAAACGAACCUGCACAGGGAGGCUGCCAUGGCAAUGGGAGCACCCAACAUGAUAGUGGGAGCCAUGUACAGGUUUCAAGAUAACGAAGCGAUCCAGGUUGCCUCAAUGAGUUGCUUGAUAAAUUUGACAUCCAAGGAUGAUGGUAUUAAUAGUGCCGCAAUCAACAUUGCUCAAGUGGGAGGAGUCGAGGCAACCGUCAAUGCCAUGCUGACCUUUUGCGACUCACUUAAAAUCAUCAGACGUGGCGUCGGGGUUCUCCUCAACAUUGUGGUUGGCAGCAAGCAAAAGCCAACCAUUGUAACUAUCACUGGGCGUUUCGUCGAUAUUCUGGCAGGAAUCGAAUUGGUGGUUGAGGCAAUGGCCACGUUUCCACAAGAUGACAUCGUGUGCUAUGCUGGUUGCAAGCUGCUCUGCAACAUCUCCAAGUCCCAGAGGUUCCACCCGGACCUCAAGAACAAAGGGGCCAUCCGGGCAGUGGAAACAGCUGCGCAGAAUCAUCCACACCAUGGGGACAUCCAGGAGUGGAAAGACGAGUUGGUGAAGAAGCUUCGCUCUCCCAAGAAACCUGCAGCCAAAAAACGUGCAGCCAAAAAACAACAACAAAGAAAGUAUGGAUGA